GUACUGAGGUCGUAAUGUACAGACUGAUUACACCCUGUUUAAUUUAAUUUUUGAAUGUGAUUCAAUGUGAUUGUUUUGGUAUCUGAUAGAAGCACAGAUUAAUAGACGAUAGAAGUAAAAUGAUAACUGAGAAGCAGUAAUUCAAAAAUUAAUAAAAUAUACAACCGCGCCCGAAUUCGGAUUGCACUCGCACUUACCUCAUCGCAGUAAAUAUAACAAUUAUUUGGACAUAUUCAAAUUGAACAAUUUGUCUACCAUCACCACCGUCAUGUCUCGUAAUUUUAACAACUGGAGCAGACCCCGAGGUACAAGAGGGAGAAGCUGGGGUGCUUCCAAUCAGCGAGGAAUUCCACCAGGACUGCGAGGCAAACAAAUUGGGUUGUAUUUCAGAGAUCAAAUGAUGAAGAAUAGAAAAGUAACAAAGGACCCUGUUAUAAACAUAAACAUCCCUGUCAAUAUCAUGGCAGCGGUGGGAAAAAAUUUAUCUAUGAUAGAACAAAUAGCUGCUCGUUGUAACAUACAGUUGCCUAUUGCUGACAAUAUAAAAAUAAACACAGAUGUCACAGAAUUAACUCCAGACAGUAAGAAAAUCAAAGUUGAAAAGGACCUGCAAGAUGUACCACCAAAUGUUAAUAUUAAAACAGAGUCAGAAACAACUUGUGGACCUAGCACCUCAGAUAGCACAGAACCUAUGUGUGGUCAAUCAAAACCACUUCUAGGCUUGAGACGAAUGUGUGAUUACAAAUAUGGGUAUGAAGAUAUCAUAACAGGAACUUUUGAUGAGAAACUUGACGAAUGCCUUUCGAAAGGCAUCACUAUUAACUGUGUUAAUGAAAAUAUCAACAAUUUAAAUGCAUCAUUUUGUACAGAAUAUGAAAACAUGAUUCAAAAGCGUGCAUAUAAAGAUAUGUUACAGUUUAGACAAAAGUUACCAGCAUAUGUGAAAUCUAAGGAAAUAUAUAAUUCAAUUGAUAACAAUCAGGUGAUAGUUAUUAGUGGGGAGACUGGUUGUGGAAAAUCUACUCAGGUUCCACAAAUUAUACUAGAUGAAGCAAUUCGCGCCAAGAAAGGUGCUAAUGUUAAAGUUCUUGUAACGCAACCCAGACGCAUUGCUGCCUCUUCAUUGGCUAUGAGAGUGUCCAAGGAAAGAGCUGAGGUUCUUGGAAAGUCAGUGGGGUAUGCUGUAAGAUUGGAAAGAGUAGAGGAAAGACCGAGAGCUAGCAUACAGUACUGCACCACAGGCAUACUCCUAUCAAAUCUAGAAGUGAACCAAUCCUUGUCUGACUACAGUCACAUCAUUCUGGACGAGGUGCAUGAACGAGAUGUGCAUGUAGAUCUCUCUAUGUGCAUGUUGAAACAGGUACUAAAAAAACGAAAAGACUUAAAACUAAUCCUGAUGAGCGCUACAAUAGAUGCUGACAGUCUGUCUCAAUACUUCGAUGGUUGCCCUCUACUGCAUAUAGAAGGCCUGGCAUAUCCAGUCCAGGAUAUAUAUUUAGAGCAAAUACUGGAAAUUACUAAGUUCAAGCUUGGUCCAGACAGAAAGCCCUCUAAGCCAAAAUGGAUGCAAUACAGAAACAAAGGAGUUGCGAGUGAAAUGCAGCAAGAUAUCCAGUAUAAAGCAGAAAUCAGUCCCUGGCUGGAGUCAAAAAAGCACGAGCUUAGUAGAGAAGUAUACAAAACACUACAAGAUAGUAGAAUCGAACGUUUGGAAUUAGGCUUAAUUGUGGAUUUACUGGUACAUAUCAGUGAAAAGGAAGCACCCGGCGCCAUACUAGUAUUUUUACCGGGAAUCGGGGAUAUUAAGAAAUUAAUGUCAAUAAUGCGCGACUCUCAGUACUUUUCGUCGUCCCGUUUUGAAAUAUAUCCUUUGCACUCCAAGUUGGCAACAUUGGAACAGCAUAGGAUAUUCGCCAGGCCACCAGAGAAUAUACGGAAGAUCAUAAUAGCUACAAACAUAGCUGAAACUUCCAUUACGAUAGAUGAUGUCGUAUACGUGGUGGAUUGUGGGAAAAUUAAAAUAAAUGGCUUAAAUGUUGAGACUAAUAUAACGACGUUGAGCACGGAAUGGGUGUCCAAGGCUAAUUUACGUCAAAGGCGAGGUCGUGCCGGUAGAUGUCAACCGGGUAUAUGCUAUCAUCUCCUAACGUCUUACCGAGCGGAAGUAAUCAAGGAGCGUCUGUUGCCGGAGUUGCAACGCAGCGACCUUCUGGAACCGGUGCUGAUGAUAAAGAGGCUCCGGCUUGGCUUGGCGGCAGACGCCUUGAAAAUGGUGCCAUCGCCACCGGCUAGUGCCACCAUUAGCUGGGCAGUGAAACACUUGCAAAGGUGUGGUGCAUUGGACAGCACGGAGACUCUGACCCCUCUAGGAUGGCAUCUAGCCAGGUUACCCGUGCACCCGGCUGCGGGGAAACUGUUGCUUCUCGGCGCACUGUUCGGCUGCCUCGACCGUGCCGCCAGCGUCGCUGCGGUCUGGGGCUUUAAAGACCCUUUCCAAAUGGUUAUCGGCAAAGAACAAGAAGUGGACCAGGCGAAACGUAAUUUCGCGUUGGGUGAACCCAGCGACCACAUAGCUAUAUCCGAAGCCAUCAUAAGAUGGGAAGAAUGUCGGGAAAGAGAUCGCCGUUCCUUCGCUUACGACAACUUCCUGGCCAACAGCACUCUACAAUUACUGUCAGAAAUGAAGAAUCAAUUUGGAGACAAUUUGCGACAGAUGGGAUUUUUGCCGACGGGAAAUAUAAAAUCUUCGUAUGAGAAUCGAAACUCGGAUAAUAUGAGUUUGUUUAAAGCUAUCGUGGCUGCCUCGUUGUAUCCGAAUAUUGCUCAUGUAAGUUGGUCUCGCUUAAACCAAGGCUGGAAGGCUCCCAAAUUUGUGGCAAGGAGCCCUGAAGAUGGCAAACUGUCACUACAUCCAAGCAGUGUAAUGAGUACUCCAAAUGUGAAAGGCGGAAGCUUUGUCAAGCUAUGUGACAACCCGGGUGCCAACUGGUUGGUCUACUGGUUGAAGCAGCGGUCAACGGAAUUGUUUUUAUUUGACGUCACAUUUAUUUACACACUGCCAUUAUUGUUUUUUGGGGAAUUUAUAAUUUCCGAUGAUCCUCAAGAUCAGCGUAGCUGUUUCAUAUCAAUUUCAAAUGUAAAAGUUCGAUGCAAAAAAGAUAGCGCUGACAAACUCCUUCACUUGAGAUGUCUUUUAGACAAAGUUCUUGCAUCAAAAAUUGACACUACGACUCAUUCCACACAGCAUAAUGAGUUUGAAGAACAUGUUUUGAACACGUUAAUUCAGCUCAUAACUGCAGAAGACGAGAAAGCCGAAUAUUUAGGAGACGAAUCCUUCGAGAGAGACGACUUCCCUGAAUCAGAUAGUUCCGAAUGUGAAUCAGAGAGAUAUUAUUAGCAAAACUACAUUAUCUAUAUGGAGUAAAAUGUUUUUCAGAUAGCAUGGGUAUGACAGAUUGUUUUGACUCUUGAAAGUUUUUUCAUGAUAUUAUUACGUAUUAUGAACGUCAUAAAGCAACUGUUACCGUACCCAUGCUAUCUGAAAACACUUUAGUUGAAUGUCAAAGUUGAUUGAUGAUUAAUAAACCAUCUGUUUGCUUAGUCGAAAAUGUCUAUAAGUUAAAAAUUAAGUAUUGUCUAAUAUUUAUUAAUGUGGUAUCUGAAAAUCUAAUCCAUGCAUCACGUGACCCAAGACCUGGCUUUUGGCCCAAACUCAGAUCAAUAAGAUCUAUACUACAGCCUGUCUUGAUGAAUACUGUUUACCAACAAAGAAAUUAGAAAUGAAGGUAGAAAACGCAUGUCAUUUCAUAACUCAUUUAUUUUACAUUAUGUAUGGUUUGUUCAUAAUAUGUUAUAUUAAAUGAUAUUAACCAUAUCUAAUUGUUUUAAGCUUAUUAAUCAAAUUUAUUUUCAUUAAUUUAAGAACAAGUCAAUUAUAAUUAUUAUAAGGUGUAAAUUGACUAGUGAUUUAUACUCCCAUUUUUAUUUUGUUUGUUGGUAAACAGUACUCAUCAAGGAAGGCUGUAGUAUAUAUCUGACUGGCUACACGUUACCCCUCUGUGAAAGUAUAAGAUCAAUGAUUCUAUUUUCAAGAGAAAAAAAUCUAUAGAAUCGAUGUUUCAUUUGCAAUUAUUUCUAAACUUAUAUAAAUUGAGUAGGUAAUAACAUUAUCUAAAAAUAAUCAAGACUUUAGCCGUAUACCAAGACAUCGAUCAAGUAGUCGAAUAUUCUUUGUAACAAUGUGUUUUAUAAAGUUUUAUUAAAUCGCAAUAAGGAUAAUAUAUAAUAAGGAAUAAGGACACGUGUGUUUGUGUUAAAUAUUGUCGAUGUGUGAGUUUACCUCGUCCUCUUCAAAAAACGACAAUUUUGUUCGUAAAUUUGGGUGUGAUACUAGUCCAAAGAACUAAAAUUACUUGUUUAAGGGCCCAAAGUAUAAACCUUGCUAUCCAGAGGGGUAAUAUUACCAACGUAUUAGGUACCCUGCCUAUGGGUGAUAAAUUAGAUGGCGUGUACAUUUUGUAAAUACUUUCUUUAAAAUUUCAUUUUUGUAAAUAUUUAUAAACAAACAUAUAUUUUUCGUAUACAUUUUCAUAGCUAAUCUCUUGGUGUGCUUUAAAUGUAUUCGUAGGUAUAGUGUGACAUAAGAGAGUAGAAAAUAAAUGAGGCGCUGUAAUCAGUUAUUGUCGUUCAUAGGGUAACCCUGUGUUCUGUCAUCCACUUGGGAUUGUAACUACUUGUUAAGUACUUGAUAUUAAUUGAUUUUUUGUUCUAUACGUAGGAAAUAAAUUAUGUUCUUAUUUUAAAUAAUAUUAAUAAAUUAAUAAAUAUAUUUCAAAAAUACUUACUAUCUAACCCCGAAGUAAGGAUCAUGUGAUAUGAGUACUAAGUUAUCGGAAUUCAUGAUUUACAUUUAUUAAAUUUAAAUAAAAUCAAGUCAAUCUCAUCUAAAUAUUAUUAAUAAAUAUUUAUUGUAAUUCGUCAGGUAAUUAUCCGAAUUUCCAGUAUGAUUUUAAUAAUAUGAAACCAUCAAUAAUGAUUGGUUGCUCGAUAUUGACAGAUCUUCGUUAUAAUCACAGUAAAUGUGGUGUUGCCACAGAGCGAGUUUAUUAAUUCCAUUUUUAUUAACUGCUACUCUUUUAUGUCGCACUAUACAUAAUUACGAUGUUGAACGGGUGUCCAGGCCCGUGAAACUACAUUCAGUGUUUGAAACAAAGUAUUAUCAUUAACACAUAAGAUACCAAAAAAAAUUAAUGUUGUUACCAAGAAUCCUUUAAUAAAUAAAUAAGUGUCCUA